AAGACAUACAAUAGCUCCAAAAAAAAAAAAAAAAAAAACAAAUCCAAAAACAAUCCAAGAAAAAGUCCUUAAGUGACAAAGCGGUCAGUGAAGCUGGCGAUCGAACAGUACAACAUUAUUACGAAUCGAAGAUAAAAAUAUCCCAGGUUCUCCGUGAAAUGGAGUUCCUGUACAUCGAGUGGGACGUGUAAGGGUGUGUGUAAAGCAAUGAUUAUCGGCUAAAUCGAAUAGCGGAAACUCUUACAAACAUGAAUCUCGAGGUGGAACUGAUUGCGGGGGUCGUUAAGGGCGGUCUGCCCCCUGCGCAUCUACCGGCGCCGAGGCUCAUCAAGAUAUUCAUCGCCAGCGAGAGAGACGACUUCCCGGAGGAGCGCAAACAGCUGCUGGAAAUAGUCGGUCCGGAGUUACAAUCAAUCUACGACGACAUGGGAAUCGAGGUGCUUUUGAUGGACAUGCAAUAUGGAACGAGCGACAAUCCGGACGUUAAUCCACAUCUGGCGAAAUACUUUCUGGAGGAAAUAAGCGCAUCUCACCGACACUCCAGGGGAUCUUUUCUUUUGCUGUUGACGGGAACAAAUUAUACCACAGGGUGGGUACCGACGGAAUUGAAAGAGGUCACAUUUCAGACGCUUCUCACACAUUGUACUCUUCUCAAUGAUCAUUACGAGUGCGACGGACAGUCUUACAUUUUAAAAGCGACUAGCGUGCAAACAGCUCAGCAAGAAUGGCAAAAGGAACAUGAGCCGAUCCUACGUUGGGCGUUAAAAGAAGCCGCGGAGCGCGCGAUUGCGGAACGGCCGGAGAACGAGGAGCUGAGGUACAUCCUGAAGAGCACAACGGAGCGGCAACUCGAAUACGGCCUAAGUCUAGACCAGCAAGCCUCGGGCAUAAUGGCCGUGAUUCGCGAAUGGACGGGCAACAACGCGCCAGGCUACACGGCUGCCGCCGAAGAACUCAAGAAUCGCGUCCAGACAAUCCUUCCUGACGAUAACGUUGUACGCUUACAAGUGGAACACCACAGGGGCGAUAUCGACGCCGAUCAUGAAGCUCACGACGAAUACCUCGGUAAGUUCCGGGAAUUGAUACUGGAGAGACUUCAGCAGCUGGUGAACGCGUCCGUUGAAACCGAUCCGGAGAUUAAGAGUCGCAAAAAAAUGGUUCAGGAGGUCUACGCUGAAAGUAUGGCGCAUUUUGCUCUUUUUCGAGAAUUGCCAUUAGCCGAUGAGAGCGACGAGGCUGUGAAGCGGGUCAAACAACUUAUCCUUGCAGGCAAGGAGAAUAAGCACGGGCCCAUUUUGAUUUACGGACCCAAGUCUUCCGGUAAGUCUUCUAUUCUCGCGCGCGUCUACCAGGAUUCAACCGAAUGGCUCAUGGCCCCGACGCUUCGCGUCGUUCGAGUGUGCACCGCGACGCCCCGAUCAUCCUACAGUCUGGAGCUGCUCCGUAUCUUGUGCCAGCACGUUGGAUUUCUUGCUGGCGAUAACGAUGGCAAUCUGCCGCGCGACGCCUCUUUCGAUCCACUUUACCUCAAUAAUUGGUUCAGCCUCAUUAUGCGCCGCAUAGAAGAAAAUCCGCUCGAGGAACAACUGAUCAUCCUUCUCGACGAUCUUCAUCGCUUCCAUCCGCUCGAGUGCGAUAUCGUCGCUGCUCUAUCCUGGCUGCCGCUCGCUCUUCCCGCAGGAGUUCAUUUCAUCGCUACUUCUGCGCUUCCGCCAGAAGGAAUGCGUCUCACGCCAGUGCAGAAGGAUCGUCUGCGCGGCACCGACAGUCUCGUCGAUCUUUCGGGACGUGCGUGUGCGACGCCGCGCGUCGACAUGGUCUUGGAACACUUGGAGAAUCUCGUCGGACUUGGUGCAGCUACGCGUGUUGCCUCGAUUCUCGCUUGCACCGAGUACGGUUUGUCCGAGACAGAAAUACUCGAGUUGAUCAUGCCGACUGGAGGCGAAGGACCUCUACUUUUAGAUGAGAAUCAAUUCAACUUCGCAACCUGGUGCUUGGUCAGAAGAACCUUCGCAUCGUGGCUCAAAGUGCGAGUGAUGAGCGGUCGGUUGAUGUUUUCCUGGCGUGGUCAGGCUCGCGAAGUAGUCCUUAGAAAGUAUCUCUCUAAUCAGGACAUUUCCCGCAGCUACCAUACGGAGCUGGCGAGUCUCUUCUUCUCCGAGAACGCCGAUAACAGUUCCGAAAAAUCGCCGGAGAACCCGACGUCCCUGCCACCUCUCAAGGAGACGCCGUUUCAGAGCGCGCCACAAACGCAGGAUAUCACGUACACGCUUCGCCAUGUCGAAGAAGCGUGGCUACAUCUGCUGCGUGCUUCCGACGUCGACAAGCUGAAAAAACUCGCCGUCUGCGCGUUCGACUUCCUUCUAGCGGCUGUGCAAAUGAUCUCUGUGAGUUAUCUUCGAUGCGUCCUUGAGCACGCUAGGCGGUACCUUCUCGAACGUGACUUGGAGCUCGUGUAUUACGCCGUCAGGAAGUCCAGUGAUGUACUCACUAGAGAUCCACUUCAACUCGCUGCGCAGCUGAUCUGCUGGUUGAGACCAGUCGCCGAAGACGGUGGUGACCUCGUCAGCAGGAUGGUUAUGGCGGCUAUGGCUUGGUGCGACGGUUACACUGCACCUCUGCUCGUGCCUCUGAACGGAUGGCUGCAACCACCUCUGCCGCUACAGAUCCGGUCAAUUACGUGUCCUCAGGGAGUCAAGUUGAUCGAAGCGGCACCGUCUGGUCAGCACGUCGUCGUCGUGCCACCGCAGGGAGACGCUCAAUUAUGGCACGUGAUGUCCGGUCAGCUCGUUCAUACAUUUAAAGGACAUUCCAGUCCAAUCUCGUGCUUAGCAGUCACCUACCAAUCACAAUACCUAUUAACUGGUUCUGAGGAUACUUCCAUCAUCGUUUGGGACAUGAAGGAUCUUGUUAUGAAACGCCGAAUUUGCGAGCACAUCGCGCCGGUACUCACUCUAACUACAGCUCUCAACAACUCGGUUAUCGUUAGCGGCGGCGAAGAUUCCAGAAUUAUUGCCACCAGUUUGCUCACCGGCGAGGUUUUAAUGAAGGUCGAUCAUCACCGAGGUCCCGUCACUACUAUACGCGUAGAUUCGGCCGGAGAAGUUUUGGUUUCGGGCUCAGCUGAUGGCACUGUGUGCCUCUGGUCCUUGGAAAGUUUCAGUCUUCUUAACAGCAUUGUUCUUCCUUCUCCGGUGGCUAUGUUGGACGUGUCCUCGGACUCAGUUUUUCUUUUGGUCGCUUGCGAAGAUCAAAAGCUCUACUUAAGAUCUUUAGCAACUGGCACGGAAAUCCAUACGCUUAGGGGACAUCAAGGACCAGUUAAGUCCCUCUGCCUGGCGAAAGAUUGCAGAAGAGCUAUUGCCGGUAGUGUUGAGGGCAGAGUAUCUGUGUUCGACAUGCACAGCGGAAGAUUGAUCAAAACCUUGCCCGCUAAUCCUUCAGCGAGUGUCACUUCGGUUAAGGUGACCGAGAAAGACGAUUUCUUAAUAACUGGUGGAGGUGGUCGCGUUACUUACUGGAGUUUCCGCGGUGAAGAACCGCCGCCAAAACCGCAGAAAUCCGGUAAACAAGAUUCUCUGCAGCCUCACACCGCGCCGAUAUCCUGCAUAGACAUUUCCAGAGACGGCGCCAUGGCGGUCACCGGCGGUGUUGAUUCUCUGGUGAAUUUAUGGCAACUGAACACACACGAACUGAUGUCCACAUUGGAAGGACACAUCGCCAGCGUUACCUGUAUUGCAUUUUCGGCAUCAGGACUCUUUGUUGCAUCUGGUUCUGAGGAUAAGACGGUCCGCGUGUGGGGUUUGACUCUCGGGCUUGUCGUGGCUACGUUUAGACAUCAAGCGCCAGUAACCGCUGUAACUGCCAUGUUGGAUGGAAGGAGAGUUGUUAGCUCAGACCGAGCUGGCUCCAUUAGAGUCUGGGCGGCCGACAGCGGCACGCUGAUUCAGUCUGUUUGCGGACCUGGACGGUGUUUCGCUGUCGCGUCCGACAUGAGAUAUGCGGUAUGCGGAUCUGGUGACACCCAGGUACGCAUAGUGAGUCUAGGCGCCGGUCCCGAGGAGAAGCACCAAGUGUCGCACUCGCAGGACAUCACGUGCCUGGUGGUAACACCUGACUCUCAGUACCUGAUCACCGGAUCUCGUGAUAUGAGCCUAAAGGUGUGGCAAUUAGCCGGCGGCAAGCUGUCUCAGGUGCUGGUCGGCCACACCGAUCAUGUGACCUGCGUGGCGGUCGCGGUUCUCGACAAAUCAAUAGUAGUGUCCGGUUCGAGAGAUGCCAAUCUAAUAGUCUGGGAUAUCAACACCGGCGCCGAUCUGCACACUCUUGUCGGUCAUCUCGGCUACGUGACCUGCGUUCGUCUUUCAGGCGACGGCACUUUGGCCGCUUCGGGAAGCGAAGACAAAAGCCUUUUUGUCUGGGACACCAAAAAGGGCACUCCGCUGAGUUCCAUCAUGUUGCACGUGCCGAUUUUGGGAGUCGAAUUGUCCACCGAUUGUUCCAGAAUAGCAGUACACUUACUGGAACACAAAUGCAUGCCUAUUUUAUGUCUACAUAAUACUCCCGCGCAAUACGUUAAGUUGCCACCGUACGUAGCACCAAGAGACCUGAGGCCUCCCGGGCCGAAACGGCCCGCUAAGAGAUUGCUGAAGAAAGAGGUGUCUUUAGAUACGUAUACUUGGCAGCGAAAAUACGGGCAUCUUACGUCAGGAAUUAUGGUUUCGACCAUCGAAGAACGCUUAAAACGUCGUUUCAGCGUAAGUGCGUCAAUGGAAGAGAUCAGCAAAGCAGGUUUGGCCGGAUCGCAAUCCGGCUUGGGUCCCGAACAAGCCGCUCUAGCACAAUCACAGCACUUUGAUCAACUGGAAGCGCUCUGGAACAAGCAAUCACCGCCGCCGAGACCACGUGGCCUAGUCCGAACGUUAACAAAGCAAAGCUCGCUCCAGGCUACUCGGAUAUCUGAUUCCGAGGAAGAAGAUAUACCGGAUUAAAGAAAUACAGAAUACUUUCCCAUCAUCAACUCUCGGAUGAUUAAAACAAGAAGAAUAUUUACUGCGCAUUUUGGUGCCGGAAAUGA